GAUUUCUGUUAGCAUCUAGACAUCAUGGCCAAGCACCACCCUGACCUCAUCAUGUGCCGGAAGCAACCGGGAAUUGCCAUUGGCCGCCUGUGUGAGAAGUGUGAUGGCAAGUGCGUCAUCUGUGACUCAUACGUGCGUCCAUGCACACUUGUGCGUGUUUGUGAUGAGUGCAACUAUGGCUCUUUCCAGGGCAGGUGUGUCAUCUGCGGGGGUGUUGGCAUUUCCGAUGCAUAUUACUGCAAGGAGUGCACCCAGCAGGAGAAGGACCGAGAUGGAUGCCCCAAAAUCGUCAAUCUCGGGAGUGCCAAGACCGAUCUCUUCUAUGAGCGUAAAAAAUACGGUUUCAAGAAAAGAUGAUAGGGGACAUGGAUGGGUGCAAGUCUGCCAUCCCAAGUCUGCGAUUUGCUUUUGCUGCAUGUUGGUACCAUUGAAAUCUGAAGCUUUUUGUAUAUUUGAAUUACUUUUAUUCUAGAUUGGACUUUUGUAAGGUGCAGAGACCCACUUACUAGAUGGGUGGAACCUCAUGUACUGGAAACUGUGAGGCCCAACUAGCACAGGUGAUGUGUUAAUUAUCCAUGCAGAACUCUCUUGUGAUAUGACUAUCUUAGUGAACUUUAUUGUUCUUGUGUUUC